AUGUCCCUACUGCGCUUCUGGACCCUGUGGGUCCUUCUCACGUGGCAAUCGUGGCUGCUGGUCCAGGCAGCUCCGCUUCCAAAGUGGGCCCGGGACCCGGUCCCGCUGACCUCUGAAUCCCCAGGACUGACCAAGCCCUGGCCUUCCCACUCCUCUGAUCUCCCACCCGAUUCGCCCCAUGCGCUUACACCCUUGGCAGACCCCUAGGGCUUUGAUUACCUGGGUCCCUCUGCUUCUUCCCAGAUGUUGGCCCCGCCUCAGCAGUUGACUGAGACUUUGGCUUUAUUGCUGGACACGCAUUCAGCUCAAGUGCUGCCUCCAGGGCCAGAUCAGUUUGCCGUUCCACAUCGGGAUCCGAAUGACAAGCUGACUCCACAACAAAGGCUCCCGGAGGUGGUUCCAGUGCCAGGUUGGAAUCAGACUCAAGUCCUAGCUCUGCCUCCUCAACUCAGAAGUAAGAUUCAAGCUGUAGCUCUAGAUCAGUCUGCAGAUCACCAGGCAUUUGAAAUACUUGUUCCACCUCUAGAUAGUCAGAGUUCAAAACCAACAAGGUUUAUUAUUUCAGCAAAGAACCUGAAGAAAGAUCUAGCUCAGCAUCCAUGGCUUGCUAAGGUGGUUGUUGGAACUUCAAAUCGAUUUGCAUCAAAAACUCAGCAUCAAAAACAAACUCUACAGGAUGAUGAUUAUCUAGAUCCAAGUAUGGAUAUAGUUUAUCCUGGUGGCCUACCUCUGGAAUUCCUGGAGAACUUAGAUGAGUCUCCAAGGCCCCCUGAACUUUCUCAAUUCCAUCUAAAGGAUGAAACUCAAAAUCCAGAGACCCCUGAGGAGAUGCAAUCUUCUUCACUCCAGCAAGAAGCCUCAGAACAAUCCCCUGAGGAGGUAGAACCUUCUUCAACCCAGCAGGAGGCCAUAGCUCAAGCUCCAGAGUCCCCUGUGGAGAGUAUAGCUCAAACUCCACCAAAUCAUGAGGUGACAGUUCGACCUCAUUGUUAUAACUUGCCCCAUGUUGCAGUUAAACCUCUGGAUGUGGAGGUUACCGUAACUUCAGAGCCUACCAAGCAGACUGAAUCUUCUGCAGUCCAGCUGAAGUCUCCAGCUCAGCCUUCAGAACAUCCUGAGGAGGUGGAACCCCCUCCAAUCCAGCAGGAACAACCAGCUCAGUCUCCAGAGCAUCAUGAAGUAACAGUUUCUCCUCCAGAUAACCAUCAAACUCAGCAUUCAGACUUGCCCCAUGCUGUUACAGCCCCAGAUCUGCAGCUCACCAUAGCAGGAGAGCCUACUACAGAGGUGGGAACUUCUCCAAUCCACCAAGAGGCUACAGCUCAGCUCUCAGGGCCAGUCAAUGAUGUGGAACCUUCAACCCAGCAGGAGGCCCCAACUCAGCCUUCGGAGCUCCCGAAUGAAGUUGCAGCUCAACCUCCAGAGCAUCAUGAGGUAACAGUUUCUCAAGUUCAGCCUCCAAUGUUACGCAAUGUCACUGUAAAACCUGUGGAUCAUGUGGUUACCACAACUCCAGAGUCCACUAAUGAAGUUGAAAUUCCAGCCCAACAGGAGGCCCCAGCUCAGUCUUCAGUGUCCCCUCAGCAGUUUAAACCUUUGAAAGGCCAAGAAGAGGUUAUGAUUCAGCAGCCAAACUUCCCUGAAAAGGAUGAACAGUCUCCAGUCCGUCAAGGGGUCCCAACUCAGCCUGAAGAGCUUCCUGAGGAUCCAUCUCCAAGCCAGCAGGAAAUCUCAGCAUUACCUCAAGAGCCCCCUGAGCCCCCAGCUGAGCCACCAGCAUCCCCUAAGGAGGUUGAACCAUCUGGGACUCAGCAGGAAGCCUUGGGCCAUCCUCCAAAGUCCACUGAAGAGGUCAUACCUUCUCCACCUCAGCAGGAGUUUCCAGCUCAGCCUUCAGAGUCCCCUAAGGAGGUUGUAGGUCAACCUUCAGUGAAGUAUGAGAUGACAGUUCCAUCACCACGUCAGGAUCAAGCCCAGUAUACAACAUUGCCCACUGUCGCAGUUCAACUUUUGGUCCUGUGGCUUACCAUAACUCCAGAACCCACUACAGAGGUUGAACUUUCUUCAAUCAUGCAGGAGACCCCAGCUCAGCUUCCAGAGCUGCCUAAGGAGAUUAUAGCUCCCGUUUAUUAUGAGACAACAGUUCCAACACCAAGUCAAGCUCAAGGUCGGCAUCCAACAUCACCCAGUGUCACAGUUCAACAUUCAGACUCGGAGUUUACCAUGAUUUCAGGCAUGUCCCUCUCCCCGUCUCCUUAG